AUGGCCCCCGCUCCGCCCCCCGCCGCCUCCUUCUCGCCCGCCGAGGUCCAGCAGCGCCUGGCGGCCGGCGCCUGCUGGGUCCGCUGCGGGGCUCGCCUCUACGACCUCACUGGCUUCCUGCGGCAGCACCCGGGGGGCGAGCAGCUGCUGCGGGCGCGGGCCGGCCAGGACGUGCGCGGCGACCUGGACGGGCCCCCGCACCGGCACUCGGCCAACGCGCGCCGCUGGCUGGAGCAGUACUACGUGGGCGAGCUGCAAGGAGACCCUCAGGGUUCCACGGAGAACGGGGCUGCGGCCUCUGCGGACUCCCAGAAGACAGACCCGGCGAUGGAGCCGAAGCUCAAAGCGGUAGACUGGGACAAGGACCUGGUAGACUGGCGGAAGCCCCUCCUGUGGCAGGUAGGCCACUUGGGGGAGAAGUACGAUGAGUGGGUCCACCAGCCAGUGACCAGGCCCAUCCGCCUCUUCCACUCAGACUUCAUAGAGGCCCUCACCAAGACUGUCUGGUACAGCGUCCCCAUCAUCUGGAUGCCCCUCAUGCUGUACAUCAGUUGGUGCCACUAUCGAACCUUCGCCCAGGGCGAUGUCCGGCUCUUCGCUUCCUUCACCACAGAGUACUCGGUCGCCAUGCCCAAGUCCGCGUUCCCGGGCCUCUUCGUGCUGGGGGUGCUCCUCUGGAGCCUGAUCGAGUACCUCCUCCACCGCUUCCUGUUCCACAUGAAGCCCCCCAGCAACAGCUAUUACCUCAUCACGCUGCACUUCGUCCUGCACGGCCAGCACCACAAGGCACCCUUCGAUGAGUCCCGCCUGGUCUUCCCCCCUGCGCCAGCUUCGCUGGUGAUCGCCCUCUUCUACACAGCCCUACAGCUCCUCCUGCCCGAGGCGGUGGGGGGCACGGUGUUUGCGGGCGGCCUCCUGGGCUACGUGCUCUACGACAUGACCCACUACUACCUGCACUUCGGCUCGCCGCACAAGGGCUCCUACCUGUACAGCAUGAAGGCCCACCACGUCAAGCACCACUUCGCACACCAGAAGUCAGGAUUUGGCAUCAGCACUAAGUUGUGGGAUCACAUUUUCCACACCCUUAUGCCAGAAGAGCCCCACCUGAAGAUCCAGUGA